AUGUACAAUACGGUGUGGAGUAUGGACCGCGAUGACGCAGACUGGAGGGAGGUGAUGAUGCCCUAUUCGACAGAACUGAUAUUUUAUAUUGAAAUGGAUCCUCCAGCUCUUCCACCAAAGCCACCUAAGCCAAUGACUUCAGCUGUUACAAAUGGAAUGAAGGACAAUUCUGUUUCUCUUCAGGAUGCAGAAUGGUACUGGGGGGAUAUUUCAAGGGAGGAGGUAAAUGACAAAUUACGGGACAUGCCAGAUGGUACCUUCUUGGUCAGAGAUGCCUCAACAAAAAUGCAGGGAGAUUAUACUUUGACUUUGCGGAAAGGAGGCAAUAAUAAGUUAAUAAAGAUUUAUCACCGAGAUGGGAAAUACGGCUUUUCUGAUCCUCUGACAUUUAAUUCUGUGGUGGAGCUCAUUAACCACUAUCAUCAUGAAUCUCUUGCUCAAUACAAUCCCAAACUUGAUGUGAAACUGAUGUAUCCAGUGUCCAAAUACCAACAGGAUCAGUUGGUAAAAGAAGAUAACAUUGAUGCAGUCGGUAAAAAACUGCAGGAGUAUCAUUCUCAGUAUCAGGAAAAAAGUAAAGAGUAUGACAGACUAUAUGAAGAAUAUACCAGAACAUCCCAGGAAAUACAGAUGAAGCGGACGGCAAUUGAAGCUUUUAAUGAAACCAUUAAAAUUUUUGAAGAGCAAUGUCACACACAAGAACAGUAUCGCAAAGAAUAUAUUGAGCGAUUUCGCAGAGAGGGGAAUGAAAAGGAAAUUGAACGAAUUAUGAUGAAUUAUGACAAAUUGAAAUCCCGUCUGGGUGAGAUUCAUGAUAGCAAAAUGCGUCUAGAGCAAGAUUUGAAGAAACAAGCUUUGGACAACCGGGAAAUAGAUAAAAAAAUGAAUAGUAUCAAACCUGACCUGAUCCAGCUGCGCAAGAUCCGAGAUCAACAUCUUGUAUGGCUCAAUCACAAAGGAGUGAGACAGAAACGCCUAAAUGCCUGGCUGGGAAUCAAGAAUGAGGAUGCUGAUGAGACCUAUUUUAUCAAUGAGGAAGAUGAAAACCUGCCCCAUUAUGAUGAGAAAACCUGGUUUGUUGAGGAUAUCAAUCGAGUACAAGCAGAGGACUUGCUUUAUGGGAAGCCUGAUGGUGCAUUCUUAAUUCGUGAGAGUAGCAAGAAAGGAUGUUAUGCUUGCUCUGUGGUUGCCGACGGGGAAGUGAAGCACUGCGUCAUCUACAGCACUGCCCGGGGCUACGGCUUCGCGGAGCCCUACAACCUGUACAGCUCGCUGAAGGAGCUGGUGCUCCACUACCAGCAGACAUCCCUCGUCCAGCACAACGACUCCCUCAACGUCCGGCUCGCCUACCCUGUCCACGCACAGAUGCCCUCGUUCUGCAGAUAA